CGCGUGCUCUGGGUUACGGGCCCUCCUGGAGCUGGCAAGACGAUGCUUAUGCGUGCCACGGCUCAAGGACUUUUAGAGGAGGCAAAAACAAUGUCCAGCAUUGAUAAAUUCAAUCUGGCGUAUUUAUUUUGUGACGGCCGUCACCAGCCGCAUGGUUAUGUGACGCAGGCUAUCAAGAGUCUAAUUUGGCAAAUACUUAAGUCGCAGCCGUCUCUCGUGGAGCAUAUGGAGGAAAAGUUUCGUUCCACCGGCCGAGACACGUUCAACGAUUUAAGUGACUUUUACGCAAUGUCUACCGUGCUUUAUGAGAUGAUUGAUGAUAGCCACAGAGACGGCACAAAGUUUGGCUUGACGUACGUCAUCGUUGAUGCCAUUGAUGAA